GCGCGGGGGCCGUGCCGCUGCUGGGCUGCCUGCUGGCCGCGGCGUCCAGCACGCGGCCCGAGUGCAGCAUCAUGCAGGAGAUCGAGGAGGAGCGCAGCCAGUGCCUGGCGGAGCUCACCUGGGACAACCGCACCGCAGGCUGCAGGAGGCAGUGGGACAACAUCACGUGCUGGCCCGAAGCAGAGGUGGGAGAAGUCGUGGUACGGCCAUGCCCCAAGUACUUCAGGUUCCUGACCUCCUACCUGGGGAAUGUGACCAGGAAUUGUACAAGCCAGGGCUGGUCAGAUGUGUACCCUGCACCCUACGCUGUAGCUUGUGGAUAUGAUUCCAACAGCACUCCAGUGGAAGAGCAAACGGCGUUCUACGGCACGGUCAAGACCGGCUACACCAUCGGGCACACCCUGUCCCUCAUCGCCCUCACAGCUGCCAUGAUCAUCCUGUGUCUCUUCAGAAAACUACACUGUACUCGAAAUUACAUUCACAUGCACCUCUUCAUGUCCUUCAUCAUGAGAGCCAUCGCAGUCUUCAUCAAGGAUGUCAUCCUGUUUGAAAGUGGGGAGUCUGAGCACUGCUUUGUGAGUUCAGUGGGCUGCAAGGCCAUGAUGGUUUUCUUCCAGUACUGUGUCAUGGCCAACUUCUUCUGGCUGCUGGUGGAGGGGUUGUACCUUCACACCCUGCUCGUCAUCUCCUUCUUCUCGGAGAGGAAAUACUUCUGGUGGUACAUCCUGAUCGGCUGGGGUGCCCCCUCUGUGUUCAUCACUGCCUGGACAAUUGUCAGGAUUUACUUUUUUGAUGUUGGGUGCUGGGAGGAAAUAGUGGAAUCCCCAUUCUGGUGGAUCAUUAAAACUCCUAUUUUGGUGUCUAUUUUGGUGAACUUCAUCCUCUUCAUCUGCAUCAUCCGUAUCUUAGUCCAGAAGCUGCAUUCCCCAGAUGUUGGGCACAACGAAACCAGCCAAUAUUCGAGGCUGGCCAAGUCCACUCUGCUGCUGAUCCCUCUCUUUGGCAUUCACUACAUCAUGUUUGCUUUCUUCCCUGACAAUUUCAAAGCAGAAGUGAAGCUGGUCUUUGAGCUCGUGGUUGGGUCAUUCCAGGGGUUUGUGGUGGCUGUGCUGUACUGCUUUCUCAAUGGAGAGGUGCAAGCCGAGCUCAAGAGGAAGUGGCGGAGGUGGCACCUGGAGCGGUUCCUGGGCUCGGACAUGAAGUACCACCACCCUUCCCUGGGCAGCAACGGCACCAACUUCAGCACCCAGAUCUCCAUGCUGACCAAGUGCUCGCCAAAGACGCGCCGCUGCUCCGGCUUCCAGGCCGAGUUCUCCCUGGUGUGAGAGGCUGCCCAGGCACUGAGCAUCCCAAACUGAGACACGAGGAUCCCCGGGAAUCAGUGAUCCCAUGAGAAACCCCUGUGAAAUGACCUGCUCCACAUGAGCCAACAGAGGACACACAACUGGAAAAGCCGCUGGCGUCCAGGAUGAGAUCGGACGAGCCAAGAGGCAGAGGAACACUUUUGCUCUUCCUCUUUUCAGGCCUUUCACUCUUCAGUUUCGAGCCCUCAGGGACUGAUAACUCUGAGGAAUUGUCCAACUUAAGCUUCAGUUUCAAGCCCUCAGGGAUUGAUAACUCUGAGGAAUUGUCCAACUUGCUUGAGGACAGCCUGGGAGAUGCUGGUGUGACAUAAAUAAUGAAGUACUGGGGGUAAGGGAGGGAGAGCCUCAGUCCUUGGUGGCUUUACCAGAACUGGCAUCUCUCAAACAGACAAAUUGCACUUUUUUUUUUCUAAAAAAAUGAGCCAGUAAAGGAGAGACAGAGGCAGGAAGCAGGAAAAAAAAAAAAAACAAACCACCAAACAUAUGAAUGUGCCAAAAUUCCUGUGGAUAAGAGGUGAUGAUGCAGCACCAAAGAUGGUGCUGGGGACAUGGGGAGAAGGGACAGGAGGAACAUGAGCAGGAAGGGAGAGGCCAGCACAUGGCCCCCACAUUUUACACAGGUGGAGAUGAAGCUGCAGCACCAGGAGAGCCCCUCAGAGGAUGUCCCAGUGUGUUCUGCUAUUUCCCCACCACCCUUGGGAGCAGAAGCUUUCCAGGAACCCUGUGGAAGAGCAGAUCACUGAGAAGGAGCAGCAUGAGGACUGUGUUGGUGACAUGGUGUUUUGCUUGGUUGUGUUCCAUGAACAGGAAACUCGAUUUGCAUGUAUAAAAAGCAGGGCCAGGUGCCAAAAGCAGAGCACGGCUGUGUUUUUUCAUUCUCUUUAAGUUGUCCCAUAGAUCUCGGUGCAUGGAUGCACCCAGGCUCAUUAGGGAUCAGGGGGAAAUAAUUGGGCUGUAAUUCAUUUGCACUUGCUUAGCACACAUUGUCAGGAAAGGGAAAUACAGGGCCCUGUAAUCCUUAAUUGAGUCAGAGCUGCCAUAAGGAGCCACUCUCCAGAUGAAAAAAAAAUGAGUGUCACAGCAGCAGGUGAGAUUGCUUUCAUCAGGACAAGGUUGUCUCAGCACACAACUGGCACUCCAGGAGGGAGGAAGGAGUGCAGGAGCUAUUAAAUGGAUUUCUUCUUCAGCUUUUCUGGGAAACUUUCAUCCUAUGUGAAGGCAUUGCUAGAUAUUUAAGAUGUGUGUGUGCGUUUUACCUCUUUUCUGAAGGCCUUUUAGUUUCCACACAGGGGCAAUUCCUACUUGAAGAAUGCACAUGGAUUCCAUUAAAACCAAGGGAGAAUGUUUUUUUUAAUUCUUGUUUUUGUGGUGGAGAGGCAAAGGAGAAAUGUUAAAGCCCAGUCCUGCUCAUUUGAGGCAACCCCACAGUCCCAAACUCAAAAUACAGAGAUACAGAUGCUCAUGUCUGUGUCCCACUCAACUGCAUCAAGUGGGGUUGAAAAGGUUUUAUGCUGAGGGUGAGAAAUCCCUGCCCAGCUCAUGAGUACCCUCAGUAAUUGGGUAAAUCCUACUAAAACAUGUCCUUGUGAAGGAGUGUCUGGGUCACCAACACAGGCACCUGGAGAGGGAGGUGAGCUCCUCUUUUAGAGCUCAGAGAUCUCAAUUUCUCUGCUUUAUUUCUCCACAAUGAAAUGAAAGUUCAAUGGAGGGAAGCACCUGCAGCCUGGUGGGGCUGGGGGUUAUUGGCCCUAAGCAAAGGAUGCCAGCAAACCACACUGAGCCCAGGAGGAGAACUUGCAGAUCCAGCUCCUUUCUGAGUCCUGACAGGGCAGUGUUCCAUCCAUAACCAUUCCCAGAGCCUGUUAUCAGCUCAGCUGGGUUCUCCCAAAGUAUUCAUCCAGGUUUAGGACUGAUAACAGUGUGGUGGGCUGCAGUCAUGAGGAGCUGUGAUCCACCACGGGCAAAGGUGCAGUCCUGAGUCUGCAGGGAGCCAGCUCAGACCUGUCACAUGGCUACCCAGCCUGCAGGUCCUAAAACAUCAGGAAGACAUGAAAAUUCCUGGAAUUACAGUGCUGGUGAU